CCUUCCUGGUUUGCUACAAUGUAACUCAGCACGGGUGGAGUUUCCACUAGCGCAGAGCAGAGCUGCAGCUCUGCGGGAAAGUGGUUAGGAGGUAUGAAUAAAAAAGCGCACUAAAAAAACGACAAACACGCUUAAGUCUAAGUUUAAGAAAUUAUCCUAGAGAAAUUUGUUAGCAAAUCUGCCUGGGUGGAUGGAAAUGAGUAACAAAAAAAAGAGUAAUCUAUCAGUGAGAAAGGCACUACUGAUUGUGAUAAAAACAUCAUGCUAUCGUGCUCAUGUCUGGAGCCGUGUGAUCAGACGGGGGGGGGCUGCUGGGCACAUGUGCCCUGAAGCAUCUGCACGGCCGACAAGAGUUCACUGAACCUUCACCAUGGGGGUGCUUUUGGGACGGCCUCGGCGAUAAAUACGUGGAAACAGUGAGGGAGGAGGAAGGAAACUGGCCAGAGCAAAGUAUGCGGACAACUUGCGUGAGGGCGUGACGGGGGAGGGGUGCAUGCUGGAGGAAGCGGCUGCAUUAUGGUGUGUGUUUGUGCGUUAGGGGCUGGGCCUCAGCCAAGAUCAGAGUUCUGGUUCAAAGGUAAGAUGUGGGCAGGGCCUGCUUGGCAGACGGGAGACAGCUUGUGCGUCCAGGGACCUCAAGGUAAACUCUCCAAAGUAUUCAGCCCUGUUUUCUCCUCUCCAAGCUGUGUGUUUUACCUGGCUCUCCCCGCCUUUCACCUCGCAUUGUGGAUCAGACUUGUUUCAUAUGCAGCAGGUUUAAGAGGUCCCUCACUUCCUGUGCUCACUCCUACACCCUCAUUGGGACCCCACACCUAGAUGGCCACAGUUCACCUGCCCUCUAUAACCCGCGUCGCCAUCUGCGGCGGAACCCAUGGCAACGAGCUGUCCGGCGUGUACCUGGUGAGGGAGCUGCAGAAGCGGGAGAGGGAAACGCAGAAGGAGGCGGAGCCUGUCUCCGUGGUGACGGUGCUCUCAAACCCACGUGCUGUUCAGCAGUGCAGGAGGUAUACAGAGAUGGACCUAAACCGCUGCUUCACCAGCGCCAUCCUCAGCAAGCCCCUAGAUGUAGGGGCUCUGUAUGAGAUGGAGAGAGCACAGGAGCUAAACAAGAUCCUGGGCCCUCGGGGGAGCACCACUGCUGUGGACCUGGUCUGCGACCUCCACAACACCACUGCCAACAUGGGCCUGUGCCUCAUCACCUACUCUGACAACAACUGGAUCAGUCUGCACGUUAUGAAGUACCUGCAGAGAGAGAUCCAGUCCGUGCCGGUGCGCUUGGUCGAUCUGGGGAUGCCGCAUUCUGAGGCGUACUCGCUGGAAAGCGUGGGAAAGCACGGCUUCUCGAUCGAGGUUGGGCCGCAGCCUCACGGUCUGCUCAGGGCGGAUAUCUUCAAUGCCAUGCAGGACGGAGUGCGCUCCAUGCUUGACUGGAUUCGCCGCUUCAACUCAGGUACCAUCUUCCAUGGCGGAGAGGUGGAUGUCUACACCAUGGUGAGAUCUGUUGAUUACCCCAAGGACCCUGAGACUGGCUCCAUCUCUGCCACCAUCCACCCACAAUUACAGGACCGCGACUUCUGUGUCCUCCGACCCGGCGACCCGAUGUUCCUGUCCUUCACCGGACAGACGCAGCUGUUCGAGGAGGAGGAGCCUCUCUACCCCAUCUUCGUGAACGAGAGCUCAUACUAUGAGAAGGGCAUUGCCAUGUGGCUCACACGGCUGAGGAGGGUGCAGAUCCCCCCCCUGCAGGUGCAGGCAGACUGACUCCACGUCACCAGAGACAGCCACACACUGCCCUCUGGCAACAUUCCACUGUAAGCAGCAAAUAAAUACGGCCCUUCCAAUAACA